AUGCUGGACGCUCGAGCGGUGUUCGACCAGAUGAAGCAUCACGACGUCGUGUCGUGGACCUCGUUGCUACUGGGAUACGCUGAGACAGGGGAGAGCAAGAUGGUUUUGGAGCUGUUCAAAGCUUUUGAAUGCACAGGGCUGGAAGCAACGCUGCCAACCUUUGCAGCGGUGCUGAUGGCUUGCGGGACUUUGGUGGAUCUGGAAACCGGAAGGAAAAUCCAUGCCGGGAUCUGCAAGAGGGGACUGGAGAGCAGCAGCGUCACAAACAGUGUCAUCGAUUUCUACGGCAAGUGUGGAAGUAUAGCCGUUGCUCAGCACAUCUUCGAUUCUGCUGUGAUAUCCAGAGACGUGGUUUUGUGGAACACACUGAUAGCAAGCUAUAGUCACCAAGGCGACGCAGCCAAAGUGGUGGAGAUCUUUGGUAACGUGCUAGAGGAGGGCGUCAGGCCGGAUGGAUUUACGUUCCUCUCGGUUAUCGCAGCGUGCAGUGCCGCGGGAUGGAUCGAGCAGGGCCGGAAGUUUUUCCAGGAGAUGUGGAGGUAUGGCGUAGCUCCAGGCCUUCGCCACUACUCUAGCAUGGUGGACUUGUUUGGUCGGGCGAGCUCUCUCGAGGAAGCGGUAGCAGUGGAGCGAGCCAUGCCUUUCAAGCACGAUCAAGUAGCACGCACGACAUUGUUGGCAGCCAGUUUGCGUGAUUAA